GAAACACUUUGUGACGGCAGAAGGUGCAUGACUUUUCUCGAGAAGGGAUAAAGCGUACGGGAAACGCUCAUGAGAAACAGGAUGUCAGGCAAGCGAAAUGCCAGCGAGGUUUCCUCCUCGCCAACACCUGGUGCCUCCACCAGUGAUGGCAAAGAGGGGGCGGAGCCAGCCGCCAAGCGUAUCCACAUUGAGCCCAUGCGGCUGGGGGCAGUGUCCUCACAGGAGGAAAUGGACAUCAAGGUUCUUCGUUUCCAGAAUCGGAAGCUGGCUGAACGUCUUGAGAUGCGUUCUGCCAUGGAGAAUGAGCUGCGCAAUCGCAUCGAGCGCUUGGAGCAACGACAGGUGACAGACGAGAUUGUUCUCAGCCUCAUGAACAAGUAUUGGACUCAGCUGGAAGAAGAUAUUCGCAUCCUUCUCAUGAGGGUGGAGACAAAAUCCAUUCCAGAGGUCAAAACAGAAACCAGCCAAGAUGUUAAACCCAGCAUCAAGGAGGAAAACACAGCCAUGGAAAUGGGAGAAGCUGCUGGAAAUGAGGCCAUUGGACCAAGCGAGGGCACUAGUCAAUCUUCAGAGAUAGCCGAGAUGGAGAUGGAGACGGAGUCGGAAAAGAAAGAUGUGACACCCGUCAAAGAGGAGAAAAAAGAACCAGAGACCAUCACCUCCUUCUUGGCCACCCUGGCAAGCUGCGACCAGACUGAGAUUGACCAACACAUGCAGGAACGCUGCAAGUUCUCCCAGGAGGCCGUGACUAGACUGGUCUCGGUCAUCACCGCCAUGCAGGACAUGAGCAAGACGGUGGCAGCCGACAUCCAGAACAGAAGUGACAUCGAUGAGGCAGUGAAAGCAGUUAAUGCUGAACUGACCAGUGAGAAUGAUCGACUCCAAGAAACUAUCAACUCUCUGCAAGAAAGGCACCAGAAGAUGACUCUACAGUUCACGGAGCAGAGCGAUAAGCUGGGAGCAGCCGAGACCAAGCUGGCCGAAGCCAACAACCAGAUUGAUGACCUACGCUUUGACCUGACCCAGGCUCGGCAGCGGACCAUGAAACUAGAGAUCCUCCUAGAGGAGAGCUACACCAAGCUCAAGAAUGCCACGCUCAUCCCGGGUCACAUCUUUGGGGAUGGGUCAGCCGGUCUUUCUUCCAAACAACUCCAGACGCUAGUCAAUGAACUAGAAGAGCACAAGGAGUUGGCGACAAGCCGACUAGUGGAGCUGGAAAAACUUCAAGAGAAGUACCAAGAACUGGUCAAGGAAUCCGAGCAAGUCAAGAUGGAUCUCCAACGCCUGCCCGACUCUAUCGUCAUGGAGAGGGCGCCCUACAAGAACCUCCAGUCGCAGUUCUCGGUUCUGUACAAGGAGGCCCAGGACAUGAAGGCGCAGUUUGAGGAGACGAGGAACCUUCUCCAACAGACGAAGGGAACCCACCUGAGGCAGAUUGAACAGAUGGAGAGUGACGAACUGGACUGUCAGAAGAAGCUCAGAACAGAGGUCAUCCAGCUGGAGGACACGUUGUCCCAAGUGAGGAAGGAAUACGAGAUGUUGCGCAUUGAAUUUGAGCAGAAUCUGGCAGCAAAUGAACAAGCAGGGCCCAUCAAUCGAGAGUUGCGGCAUUUGGUGUCUAGCUACCAGAGUCACAACACACAACUCAAGGGGGAGAUCAACCGCUACAGGCACAAACUCAAAGAAACCCAGGCUGAGGUCAUGAAGCUGAAGAGCGAGUUGGCCUCCCACAGUCACAGUAGCAGCAGCUCCUCGUCCAGCAGCAGCAGCAGCGGCAGUCUUGACCGGAGGGAGGUCAGCCACGAGAAGGAACAGCUACAGAAGCAACGGGAGGAGAUGAACGCCCACCACGACGAAAGGCGGGACCCCCGGAUGGAGAAGGACAGGGAGAAGGAGCGAGGGAAGGAAGAGAAAAAAGAAGGAGGCAAAGAGGCGGAGACCAUCAAAGAACUCAGGGCCAACCUCAAAAAAUCCCAGGAGAGUCAAAAGGAAAUGAAGCUUCUACUAGACAUGUACAAAGGAGCUGCCAAAGAACAGAGAGACAAAGUACAGCUGAUGACGGCUGAGAGAAGGGCCCGGGCCGAGGUGGAGGAGUUGAAAUGUCGACUCCGUCACAUCGAAGACAGGGAGAGAAUGGAGAGUCGCAAGCUUGCCGAUGAGGAGGCGAUCAGGAAGAUACGAAACCAUGAGGAGACCAUCCACCAACUGCAGAAGAAACUUGCUGAUCGUAAGCAGGAGGAAGAGGCUUUGCUGUCUGAGAUGGACGUGACCGGUCAGGCAUUCGAAGACAUGCAGGAGCAGAACACAAGAUUACUACAGCAGCUCCGAGAGAAGGACGAUGCAAACUUCAAACUCAUGUCAGAGAGAAUAAAAAGCAACCAGAUCCACAAGCUUCUAAGGGAAGAGAAGGAUGUUUUGGCUGACCAGGUGGCAACCCUCCAGACUCAGGUCGAUGCCCAGAACCAGGUGGUCAGGAAACUGGAGGAGAAAGAGCGGAUACUGCAGAACAACCUCAACACCAUGGAUAAGGAGAUCGCGCUAAGACAGCAGUCACUGGAGAUGAAUAGGAGGAAGGCUCUUGAUAACAGCCAGUCGGCAGCCGACCUCAAGAUGCAGCUGGACAAGAUAACGGGUCGCAUCGAAGAACUCCAGAGUCUUGUUAAGGAGAAGUCCAGUGCAGUGGAACAAGAGAACCACAAAUUCCGCAGGGCGCAGGAGGAAUCUCAACAUCUUAGGAGGAAAGUGGAGCGAUACAAGAGGAUGGAGCUAGCCAGCAGUACAGACGAGGUACUCAUGGAGGAGAUCAAAACAUACAAGGAGCAACUGACCUGCCCAUGUUGCAAGAAGGGACGGAAGGAUGUGGUCCUGACAAAAUGUUUCCAUGUCUUCUGCUUUGAGUGCAUCAAGACACGCUACGAGACCAGACAGCGUAAAUGUCCCAAGUGCAAUGCCGGGUUCGGGGCCAAUGACUAUCACCGCAUCUGGCUAUCAUAGUUGGGCAAUUGUUAAAAAUCUGUUUAAUUUAUUUCAUAGUGUUUCUGAAUCACUUACUAAACUGGUGUAUCCUUGCCCAAGUGAGACAAUUGUGAACUAGAAGCCUAUGUUACGAAAUUGAAUAAGGGGUAUUAGAUACAUUACGUGAAAUAGCAGAGAAACUGUGCUAACCCGUAGCAUGUUUCAAUGCAUAAAUGUGGCAGUGCUUGUGCAUGCACAGUGAAGCUGAAGGAAAAUGCAGCCAGUGAAGUUAUUGUUGACAUGGACAGGGAGUCUGGUGGCCAAAGUGUUAGCUGAGCAUGGCCGUUAAAAACACUGAACCCACGUCUUUCCAAACAGUCGUUUGAAUUCACAAACUCAUAUUCAUGUGCCAUUUCACUUGAGAGGACCUUGGGUUUCAUCAGUGGAUUCAGGCACCAUGCCUGCAAACUGGCCCGGGGUCAGUAGACCUACAUUAAGAAGUCAUGCUUUACAUCUGCACUUUCUUAUGGCUCUGCCCAGCCUCCAUAGGAAAGCGCACCUGUGAACAAAGAGUGACUUCGUCGUGUUCAAGAUCUGUUUCAUAGAACUGUUUAGCACAGAAAACUGCCAAGCAAUGAAAAUAUUUGCUGAGCAAAACCACUUUACCAGCCAAAGUACCAUGCAAAGUACUCUACUUGUGACCGGUUCUCUGCUUAUUUUGUGCUAGGCACAGAAAUCUGUCGAGUAUUGUUCUGUGAAAUUGACCCAACUGAUGGUAAGAGUCUGUUCAUUUUUUCCCAUGACGCUGUUACAGUGACAAAUACUGUUUAUACCAGCAAGAUUCCACGAGUUUGUUGGCAUUCAAACUUUUUCAAAUUAAUUUAGCAGUUUGCAUCGAGUAUUCUGUGUAGUAAAUUCAUCUGAAUCAUGCACUGAAAUGCAGUUUGGAGUUGGUAGCAUACUUUCAUGCUGAAAAAGAUUCUUAAUGAAUUUUGAAAACCCAGUAAAAUAAGAUCACAGAAAAUAAACCUUAUGAUUUCGUUGUACAGUGCCAAUCACACCAUUUAACUACGUUUAAGCGAAAUGCUGAUUCAAUCAGUUUUAUUGUGCAAAAAACUGGUAAACAAGUGUUACAGAUACUGUCAACUAGUCACCAAUAUACACUGUCUAGCUCUGUUGAUGUGAGAAAAAUUCCAAAGUAGAAACUUUUUUGUAAAUAUCUAGACCAUUUGUUUCAGGUAAGUAAUUAAUUAUUUUUGCAUACUGAAUGUGUUAUGAGAUUGAGGCCAGGUUUUUUUUUCCUAUCCAUCUUUGGCCUGUUUAUGUUAUUUUUGUACGUCAUACCAAUCUCUUUAUUGAGGUUAAAAAAAUGGUUGUUGCUUAGGAAAACAAUGUCUGAAACUACUGUAAAUUGUGAAUCCAAAUUCAAGAAGUCAUUGUUGAAGUAUUUUAAUCUUUGAUGUUGUGCAUAGCCAAUGCCAGUGCGUGUAACUUUUAAUGUAGCAACAUAUGACUUGCCAAGAA